GCCAGUUGAGUACAUGUCCAAAAAGAUGCCCUCUCAGAAGUUGGCUAUGUCCACCUAUGAGAAGGAGCUCUAUGCGAUCUACAAGGCGCUCACCUAUUGGAGGCACUCUCCUUGGGAGGUUCUUCUAUGUCAGGACUGAUCACCAGACCCUGAAGUGGAUGAGAACCGAGUCUGUGCUCUCCGACGCUCUGAAGCGUUGGAUUGAAGUCAUAGAGGAGUAUGACUUUGAUCCCCAGUACAUCAAGGGCGAGUACAACAAGGUUGCUGAUGUGCUGUCUCGUAGACCAGAUUUCUUCGGGGCGCUGAGCACUGAGUUUGGGCUUGCAGACGGUGUUACUCACUCUAUGGUGGAAGCCUACCGCGAGGAUCAAUUUAUGUCCGAGAUUAUUCGCAGACUCGAGGCGAAGGACAAAAUCACUCCUGUUGAGUUUGAGCUGGUCAACGGUCUGUUGUUCCUUGAGAAGGCACGGAAUAAACGUCAGUGUGUUCCCAAUAGAGAGUCUUUGCGUAGUGUAUUUUUAGGUGAGUGUCAUGAUGCCACCGGACAGUUUGGCUUCAAGAAGACUGCAGCCAAUCUGCUGCAGCGGUUCUGGUGGCCCACGAUGAUGAGAGAUGCAAAGCUGUACGUGGAAACGUGUCAGGCGCGGUUCCCACCAACUUUACUAAUCGCCUGGGCAGGCCUAGAGCCUGAAGCAACCAAGGUGGAGGUCAUAUGCAACUGGCCUCAACCCGUGAACAUUCGCGAACUGCGUUCUUUUCUUGGUCUCGCGUCAUACUAUCGGCAGUUUGUGCCCCGCUUCUCCAUUGUUGCGCGUCCAUUGUCUCGACUAACAAGUAAGAAUGUUCCCUACUCUUGGGACACCGCGUGCACGAACGCCUUUCAAGCCUUGAAGGACGCCUUGGUAAGUUACCCGUUACUCCACAUUGCAGAUCCCAAACUGACAUUCGUAGUUACUACGGAUGCAAGUCAGUAUGGAAUUGGCGCAGUGCUGCAACAAGAUGACGGCGAUGGCUUGCGGCCACUCGAAUACUACAGCAAACGCAUGCCCAACGUAAAGGUAGCCACUUCCACCUACAUGCGCGAGCUCUAUGCUUUGUGUAUGGCGUUGGACCACUGGAAACACUAUCUUUUGGGACGCCACUUCAAAGUCUUCUCAGGUCAUGAGACUCUAAAGUGUAUCAAACAGCGAACUACCCUGUCCCCUACCUUGCGUUGCUGGUUCCAUGAGAUUGACAUUUUCGAUUUUGAGUUGAGACACAAGAAGGGCUGUUAUAAUCGAGUCGUUGAUGCGUUGUCUCGCUACCCUGAGUACAUAACUUGCCUUGUCAAAUCCUACGACCUCCAGAAGAAACUGAAGGAGGAGGUCGUAGAGCAUACCGCCAAGGAUCCGGAGCUGAGUUCCAUCCUUGAGCGACAAAAACCGAUGGGGAUACUCACACCCCUACCCAUUCCCGAUGGUCCCGGGAAGUCCGUCUCCAUCGACUUCACCGACAUGGGAAAGGUAAGUAAGAGCGGCUACUCACAUGUCAUGGUGAUCGUUGACGGAUUCUCUAAGUUCCUCAACCUAAUCCCUUUGCCGCCCCACGCCCCAACAGAACUAGCGAUUCGUGAGUUCCAACAGAAGUACAUUCUGCAGUUCGGAACCUCGAAGACUCUUGUGAGCGAUCGGGAUCCGCGCUUCAUUAGUACUGAGUGGAAGGACUUCACGUCUCAACUGGGGAUCAAACUGUGUAUGACAUCUGGCCGACACCCCGAAGCCAACGGUUUGGCUGAGGAGAUCAACCAGACUGUGUUUCAACUUCUUCGCGCUUUGAUUAUCCCGAAUCAGGAAACAUGGGAUGAAGAGUUGUAUUCCGUUAAGGGGUUAUACAACAACUCCGUCCACUCCGCCACCGGCAUGACACCCAACAGGCUGCAUUACGGUUGGCAGAUCCGGAAUCCGCUCUCUUACCUAUUCCCUGAGCAGCCAGCUGGUUUAACACCCGACAAACCUGGCUUCAGGGCCAAGUAUGAUCGCUUGCUCAAAGUUGCCAUUGCAGCUAUGACCAAGCGACAACACGCCAUGAUCCAUCAUGCGAACAAGAAGCGCCGACCGUCGGAUAUUCAGGUAGGAAGCUUUGUCUGGGUCAAGAAGUCUGAAUUCUCAGAAGAAGAGGGAGUCUCACACAAACUCCUCCCUCUCUAUUAUGGGCCCUGGGAAGUUUUGGAUGUGAUUGGUGAAGAUCACUUCGACCCUUCAUACGUCGUUGAUGUGCCAGCCCAUCUGCGCACAUACCCCGUGUUCCACGCAGCCAAACUGUACCUCCACCGUGAUGCUAAGACAUUCGAUUAUCGCGAAGAUAUGAUCCCUCGCGCGAUCAAAGGCGGGCACGAGAUAGACAGGAUCAAACAGCACGUAGGGAAGGGACGCAACAGAGUACCAGGUUCACUUCAUGUAUCACCCGUUAGACGAUCUGUGCUGGAUUUCCAAACAGGAACUGCUACGCAGUGCACCGUGUGUCGUCAAAGCAUAUGGGCGACAAAUCGCCACUAGCGCUGUACCUAAGAUCUCUGCAAAGCUCACUGCAACAGAGUACUCUAGGAAUCUCUUUGCCUUGCUCGCUUACGAUGCGU